AUGAUUAUAUCCGCUCUGCGGGACUUCAAGUUCUGUUCCAUUUGUAGUCUGGCAGCAUCUUCAUUCUCGAGUCUGAGGAUCGCAUCUUUCAACUACAUUUGCCCGAACGCCUCAUUAAUGUCCCCAAAAUGGACUGAGGGUUUUUGGCGCGUAGUCGCCGGUAAGCUCAAAGUUCGCGUUGGCGAUGAUUCAGCGAUAGAUCCAUUUUCGUUCAAAGAUGUGUCCGUCACCGACGGUGGUCUCAAUACUGUCGCAUUCCUCGAAGGUGGCGAUGGUGUCGUUCGCAUGCUUAAGAAACUCACUAGCCUUAUGAACUCCGUUGGCUCUGGCGCAUUCCCACCCGUCAUCAACGACAUCUGGGGUAAUAUCACAAAAGUUCGUGCACGAUACGAUGCGUAG